CGAACAAGUUUGCCCGGCCCGGGCAAGGCCAGUCUUGUCUCACGUCGAGCGUCUCUACACCGAACCCGCAGUCUCAACGUCCUUGCAUCCUCCCCCCCCCGCCCUCUUCUAUUCUCUGACAUUUCAUGUCAGCUUCAAUCCUUGCAAUUCCUUCUUGAUCCUCCUCCUCCUCCUCCUACCCCUCUUUGUGUGGGCAUCAUGACCACCCUUCAUUGGCGAAUCGUCCAGCCACCUUUAUCUUGUACGCGCAACAAUGGGAUUCAACGGCAAAAUCAGAAAAACGGUGGCUCUUCAUUUGAGGGUCAUCCUCAUCAAAGGGCAGGCAUGUGUUCUUCGAAGCUUGACUUGAGCAGCAGCAUGCUCCCAAAGUGCAGAAGCUGUGAGUAUCGGAGGUUCAGAUUGCAAGCGUUGGCGCCUUCAAGGCAUCAGCAUCAUGAUGACGCAUCUGGUCCACGAAUGGCUCUAAGUACACCCGAUCCAGUGCAGAGUUUACUGGAACCUGUUUGCAAGUUUUUCCGUAAAAUUAUUUCUCCAAGUGACGAGACAACGGACCGAAUGAGGACGCGAUCCGUGGAGGCGGUUGAUGGUGAGGAGGUGGUCGCCUGGAGUGGAAGAACUGUAUUUGUGGCGGGAGGCACAGGUAGAACAGGUCGGACAGUUGUGAGGCAUCUUUUGGCAAAAAGAGAUAAGGUGGUUGCUCUUGUGAGCAGCGAAAAGCGCAUCCAAGAGAUCCUGGGAGAUGAGAUGAAAGAGCAUGGACCCAAUGGAAGCCAGCUGCUUGCACCUUUGGAGGGUGAUAUCAAAGAUGAAGAAGCACUUCGGCGGGGGCUGGAAGGGUGUGAUGCUGUCGUCUGCGCUGUUGGUACCCGCUUUGUCCCUGAGGUUGGAUUUGUCGACUCACCUGAGGAGCUGUACGCCAAGGGCGUUAUGAAGCUGGUACGUGUAGCUGCAAGCUUGUUUGGAGAGAAACCCAUAAACUCCUCAAGGGAGGAGCUCUCACUGUUCAGCUUUGUGGAGUUGGGCGGGAGCUCUGCGGAAGGAGCAAAGGGUGCCCUCGACUCGGCAAGUCACGAUGGGAGGAUUCUGGUUGAUGGAUGGGCGCAACAGGAUGAUACCGUGGGAACAACAGGGCUCUCUGAGAGCUCAUUCGCUCUCUCCUCCGAUGGAGCUGUAUUUGAAGGGACUCUGAGCACUGCGGGGCCGGCUUUCUGCGCAACAGGGGCUGCUGACAUUCCUGGAGGCCCCAGGAAUCUGGCACCAUAUGACGGGAUCACCAUGACGGCGCGAGGUGAUGGACAGCGAUACACGAUGUACCUGAAAAACAGGACUAGCGAGGGUGGUUUCGACUACGAAGCAAGCUUUGACACCGUUCGGGGAGAAUGGGUAACAGUUGACAUUCCAUUCAACAGGUUUAGACCAGGAACUCAGGCUGAUGUCCCUCCAUUCGAGCCGAAUGAAGUUGCAUCCAUUUCCUUGGCAGUGAGCGAAUCAGAUUCUGCGGGAAUGCCAAAUUACCUCUGUAACCUCGGGAAGUUCAAGCUUGAGGUGAAGUCUAUUCAAGCAUACAGAAAUCCUCGGCCCCAAUUCGUGCUUGUAUCCAGCGCAGGGGUGGAACGGAGUGCACGGGCAAAAACUCCAGACGAAAGAGAGAAAUCAAUACCGAUUGUCAAGCUCAAUCCAGGAGGCAUUCUGACAUGGAAGCUGAUUGCGGAGGAUAUACUUAGGGCAAGUGGCUUGAAAUACACAAUUGUUCGACCUUGUGGCCUCAAUGACGAAAAGGAAGACACUCCCUAUUUACUUGAGGUGUCCCAAGGAGACGCGAUCACUGGCUUAAUCCCUAGGAAAGCAGUGGCAAGAGUGUGUGUGGAGGCGUUGGACUCGCCCAAUGCAGCAAAAACCACAUUUGAGGUCCGUUGUGAUGUUGUAUCAGAAGGCCUCGAGCAGAAGGAUUACCAAGGACUUUUUGAGAGAUUGCGCCCUGACCUGUGUCCGAGGCCAGUCCUUUACGUGCAGGGCCAUGCCCAAACUCCCGAAGAAACCCCUUCCGAAAGAGAAAGUGUUUCUGAAGAGGUAGAAGAGAAGGUUUCAGUACAGGCCUCUUGAUGCAAGAUAGGGAAUUGCUAAUCCUUAAUUGGAUUACAAGAAAAAAAAAAAGAAAAAAAAAGCUUAGUUUUCCCUUAUCACCACGUGUUAGCAGAGUGCGUUGUUUGUUUGUUUGUUUGUUUGUUUGUUUUUUUGUUUUUGUUUUUGUUUUUAACUUGGAUUAAUUUUCCCUUAUCACCACGUGUUAGCAGAGUGCGCUGUUUGUUUCAAAACAAAAAAAAAAAAAAAAAAAAAAAAAAAAAACUUGGAUUAGUUUGCAUGCAACCUUACUGAAGGUAGAUUAGAAAGGGAUCCAUCAAGUUUUAAGUGUUUGAAAAACUUGAAGGUCGCUUUAGACCUUCUUGAGAGAGAGAGAGAGAGAGAGAGAGAGAGAGAGAGAGAGAGAGAGAGAGAGAAUAGUAAAGGGGAGUUGUAUCACUGGUUAAAUCAGAGCAAGGGUGUUGUUCUCCUCUAUAUACUCCGGAACCUGGUCAUCAUUUCUCUGUAACGUGCCUGCAUUUAGGUGGGCAAUGUGAGGGGCCUGUUUAUUUCUAUUGAAGC